AUGGGUUGGUUUUCGGCCGAUGAAAUUAUCGCGCCCGUAACCAACACUAAUAGCAGCGAGCGUAACGAAACCGCGAUCGCUGUAGCCGCCUGCGUGUUAGCAGCCGUCGCCGUGAGCUAUAUCGCGGUAAAAUUGCUAGCCAAAUUGCAUCGGCAGCAAACCGAGCGGUUCAGAAAACGGUACAAAACCCUAAAAGAAAAGGCAACGGAGUGCCUAGAAAUACUUCAAGGCAAUUUAGAAGACACGACGACUAGUGAAUCGGAAAAUUCCGAUUCUGACGAAAUACAAAUGGCAGCAAAACUCGACCUUUCGCUAGCCCUGAAGGUUGUAUCCAUAUUCACAGGAGACUGCGCAGAGCUAGGACAUUUCCUAGAAACCGUAGACCUCCUCAAAGCGUACUCGGAGAAUGUUCCCGAGACAGCUCUAUUAACCUUCCUUCGGACUCGUUUGACUAGGGCAUCACACGGAGUGAUCGAGAAAGCCAAGUCGAUCGACGAAGCGAAAAAAAUAUUAAAGGACAAAUUUUCAGUCCGAAUCACCCCGAAGGCGGUAGAGAAUGAACUAAACCAAAUGAAACAAACUAAUAAAACUUUUUCCGAGUUUGGUGCGGAAAUAGAAAAGCUAGCUACAAAACUAGCAUCGGCGCAGGUUUCGAACGACACAUUCGCAACGGAAGCAGCCGCAGCUAAUAUAGUACAGCCCAUUGCUGUACAAGCAUUUGUUAAUGGAUUAAAAAAUCAUCAAACAGCUUUUUUCUUAAAGGCCAGAAACCCAGGCACCCUAACAAAAGCAAUUAGUGAUGCACUGGAAGUGAAUGAUACCAGCGACGAAUCCAUAAUGUGGAUUCAACCCAGGUUUCGGAGGUAUAAUAACAACCCUCGCGGAAACUGGCGGGGACGAGGCCGUGGUUUCCGAGUUAGAGGCGGUAACCGCGGUAGAGGACAAUUUUACCAAAACCAAGGAAAUCCAAAUAACAGAAACAAUUACCAACGAGGUAAUUACAACCAAGGAAACAACAAUAGACGUUUCAAUAACAACAAUAAUAAUAACGAAAAUAACGACGACGCAAAUAAUAGAAACAAUGACCGCGGACGACAACAAAAUAAUCGUCACGCAAAUAUGGCAGAACAAGAAAAUGGAAAUAACGAAGAGGUGAACGUGGCGAAUCUUUUUCGUGAAUAA